UAAAACGAUAAAUUUAUAAUAAGCUAAGACUUGAUUCAAGUUUAAGACUAAAGUAGAAGAGAAAUCGAAAGCUUUAUUAUGUGUUAAAAUUAAAGAAAUAUGGAAUUAUCAUUGAUGUUUGUAUAGUAUUACACUUAGUCUUAUAUUAGUGUUGCAGGUAUAACUUAUAAGAGUAGUAGUGAUAGGUAUAUUGUCUUUUAGUUGGAUGAUUAUGUGCCGUUAUUUCUACAUCUAGUGUAACAGUCAUUCACAGUACCUUUUUACAAUCAUGUCAUUGGUACUGACAUUGGGCAUGAACUCUAAGGCACGAAUACUUGGAGAUUAGAAAAUGUAUUAUUUAGUUUUUUCACAGUGUAAAUAUCAUAAUAUAAAAACUUUUAAUCCCUUUCUUUAACUAAAUGAGAAAAACUCUUUGUCUGUGCUCACUUAUACUCUGGCCUUCUUGUUCAGUGUCAGUGUAGAUGACAAAUGAUGUAUUUUUGAUGGUCAGGAGAAGGAAAACUACAAUUUUUUUAGAUGCUAAGGAGACAACUCCUGUACUGGAGAUGAAGAGAAUGAUAGAGGGAAUUACAAAAGUUUCUCCAGAAAAUCAAAAAUUAUUUUAUGAGGAACAGGAUUGGUUGAAUAAUGUCAGAGUUGGCCUGGCCGUCAAUCUGAUUGUUUCUACUUGUGUCAUCAAGUUGAGAAUUCUACAGGUACAAACAAGAACUUGUAACAAUCUUCAACAAAUUAGCAUUACAUUUUGUUUAUUUUGUACAUUCAGUAAAUAUAAUUUAAAAUUAUAGAAUCUAGUGAUUGCUUUCUUUGCAUUAAAAUAUUGUAUAUAAUACUUUGCAUAUAUUGGGCACUGUAAAUGGUAGUGGAAUAUACAUGUAGAGUGUAUUGAUAAGAACUGACAAAGUUCAAAGUAGG